AUGUCGCAGCAAGCCAAGGACAUUUACACGGGCAUUAAGAAGAUCUUCCCGAGCGCGCACCGCCCGUCGAGUUUGUCGUUUUCCAGUCGCGUGAGUGCCGCCGCGUUGGACUCGGACCACUCGCGUCACAGUAGCAGCAGCAGCAGCAGCAAUGGGGAUGUUGCGGUUGAGAUCAGUCAAGGCCGAACGUCUGUGAAGAAGAAGAAGAAGAAAAAGACUCGACCGUCGAGUUUCUCGUUCUCGACGUGGAAAAAGAAGGACCACCACGAGCGCCGAGCGCCGAGCGAGUCGACGCCGCCGGUUGUCAUGUCGUUGCCUUACGGCGCGACAGCUGCCACGCCCAGAGCUAAGCAGACGUCCGACGAGCGCGACAAAAGUGGAGCUGCAGCUGCACGGUCGUCGCUGACGCAGACGCUUCAUCAAGCUUUUGGCACGGUGUCGAGUCACAGUCGCAGCAAUAGCAGCUGUGGUGGCAGCAGCACGUUCUUUAGCAGCAAGAAGAAACCUCAGAACAGUGAGACUGAAGACGGCCAAACGAGCAGUUGCAACAACGGCCAUCGAGGCUUGACGUCAUUUCUGUCGUCGACGACGACGACGUCUUCCACUGCACCGUUCACGCAGUUGCCGCCAAAACUCGGUGGACGCAGCGUCAGUGCUGGAGGGGAUCGACUGUCGUCGUAUUCUCGGGGCCGAUUCCAGCUGCAGCCAAGUGGCAGCUCCUCGUCAGCUACUGCAGCUGGACAGACGUUGAAUGUGUGUGGUGCUAUUGCUGGUAGUAGUCAUCAUCUGACGAGCUUUAGUGCCGUCAAGACAGCGCCAAGCACGUACCAGUCGACUUCGAGCGCGAUCUCAAGUCUCACGGCGCGGGAAGAGAGUUGUGGUGGUGGCGGUGAUGGCAAUAACAGCAUUGUUUACUCUCCCAAGAAGAAGACGACAAGGACGAAGGACCGGGGGAGAGCGCUGUCGUUUCUGUCGUCGUCGAGGAGGAAGAAAGAGGAACAGGAACAAGAAGAGCUUGAGCUUGAGCUGGAGACAGCGAAAGAAGAUCAAGAUGUAUACUCCAAAGAUGAGCAAGAGAUUGUCCGACCUCAUGCGCCGACGUGGGAUUCGGACAGUGACGACGACUACGAGAAUACUAAACGACCGAUGCGUGGACUCGAUCGCCGCUCACAGAGUAUGGACUUUAUGGAGCAGGCACCGACGCACUUGAUCGCCAAGAUUUGGCGCAAGUUGCCAAUUCAAGCUCGACUUAUCGGUGGGCGUGGCAAUAUCGAUCUGGACUUGCAGAAGGACCGCACGAGCUUCUCGCGCAGCUCCGAGGCGCGGAAGUUUGCAAUGGCAGCUGAGAAAGCCAAGGCCGCUGAGCUGCAACAUCGGUCGAUCUCGGAAGACAAGGUGCCGUCCCCUGCAUCUUCGACGGAGGACGUGUUGUCAUCUGGGGAAACUAAGCGCACACGGUUUAACCCCAAGCUGACGGUGGUUGCUUCUGAUGCCAGUGACGGUGCUGCAGGAGCGUACACUGCAGUUGAGAGCUACGAUGAUGUGCUGGUGCGCGUGUGCAAGUUUGCAGCGCAUGACCAGCGACCGACAACGACGAAAGUGCAAGAGUUUCUUGAACGUUCACUUGCCUUUCUGCACGGGUCGCGAACGAAGCACGGCAAUGUGGUGAACAUUUCGAACGGGGAGAUUCGCAUGUGGCGUCGGCUGGCUUUGCACGACUGGACAUUGGAGGAAGUGACGACGACACAAGCGGCUGCUGCUUUAGGUGUGAAGGGCAAGGACGUUCAAGCGCCGUUAAAGCGCACGGGCUCUUCCUUGACAGAAAGCACGGACAGCGAUAGUGACAGCCAGCGAUCCGUGGGACAUCGGAGACUGCUCGGUGUGGCUUUUCACCGGUCGCUGAGCCAGAAAGUAGUCGAGGAGGAGCCUGAAGGGGAGAAAGACGGAGAAGAAGUGCUGGACGUGCCGUCCAACAUGAAGUUUGCCAAACUGUGUGACGUGAUCAACUACUGCGUGAACUUUGGCGAGGUGCUGUUCACGCCGGAUGAAGUGAGCGACUUGGUGCGUCUCGAGUUUAUUGUGGAAGAGGACGGCUGGAUCUAA